UUCAAUGAUGGCUGCGUCCAGCAACAGGCGUACUGUUGCUCUAUCUUUUUUGUUAUGUUUUACGUUCGGAGACAUUUGUGCAGGAACGCCUUACAUUUUCCGUGGAAAAUUAAAAGGAGGGUUUCUAGGCACGCCACGCCACUCAAGUAAUGUCGAACCGCCUCCAGAGAAGUGGCUGGUACAGCGUCUAGACCAUUUCAAUCACGCGGACACCAAUGUUUGGAAGCAGAGGUAUUUUGUGAACGACACAUUCUUCAACAGCACUAACCCUGAUGCACCUGUGUUUCUCAUGAUUGGAGGGGAGGGGAAAGCUAACUCUCUAUGGAUGACAACUGGAACAUGGAUUAAGUAUGCACAAGAUUUCGGUGCUCUGUGCCUCAUGUUGGAGCACAGAUACUACGGAAAAAGUCAUCCAACUGUGGAUAUGGGAGUGAAGCACAUGGUAUAUCUAAACAGUGAGCAGGCCUUGGCUGAUCUGGCAUAUUUCCGCAGUAACAUGACCAAUGUUCUCGGUCUUCAGAAGCGCAAGUGGAUUGCGUUCGGCGGCUCUUAUCCUGGUUCCCUUGCUGCCUGGUUCAGACUGAAAUACCCUCACCUAGUAGAUGGAGCCGUUGCUACAAGUGGACCUGUGUUUGCUAAGAUAAACUUCUUGGAAUAUCUUGAAGUCGUGCAAGAUGCUCUGGAGACAACAGUUCCUGGAUGUACGGAGGCUAUUCAGACAGCUGUAAGGGGUGUAGAAGUAAACAUCCCACAAUCUGUUGGGCGUGCAUUAUUAAAGGAUAUCUUUAUGUUGUGUGACGAAAUUGAUGAACGCAAUAAGAAUGACAUUGCGAAUCUGUUCAGCACUCUGGCAGGCAAUUUUGAAAAUAUUGUGCAGUACAACAACGAUAACAGGGAGUUUGAGGGGGUUGCGGAUGCAAAUAUUACAAUCGAUACGGUCUGCGGAAUGAUGGUGAACGAGACACUGGGAGCACCUAUGCUACGCUAUGCUGCUGUCAACAAUUUGCUACUGAAGGUACACAAUGAAACAUGUCAAGACUUUAAAUAUGAUAAAUUCAUCAAGGAACAGCAAAAUGUAACAUGGCCAGAAGAAGGAGGAGUUGGAGAGCGACCAUGGAUGUACCAGACGUGCACUGAGUUUGGCUGGUAUCAGUCCUCGGAUUAUGUUCAUCACCCAUUUGGACAUCGAUUCCCAAUUAACUUCUGGACACAGCAGUGUGUUGAUGUCUUCGGCCCUAACUUCAACAUGGAGUUAUUGCAGCGAGCUGUCAGUAGAACGAAUGAUGACUACGGUGGCUUUGGCAUUAAGGUUACCAAGGUUGUCUUUCCGAAUGGUUCCAUUGAUCCUUGGCAUCGCAUGGGCAUUGUGGAAAGGCCAGGCGAUGAAUCACACGCUAUAUUCAUUAAAGGUACAGCACACUGUGCGAACAUGUACCCAGCCAGCGAGAGUGAUCCCAAGGAGCUGGUAGAGGCACGGGAACAGAUUAAAAAUCUCAUUGCAGAGUGGCUGACAGAGUAAGGUACUGUAUAUACUCUAUAUUUCGCGGUGGUUUAAUUUUCGCGAAUUUCGCGAACGCAUCCCCGAAAAUAACAACACGCCAUUCUUCACUGAUUCGGGAAUUCACCGACCGCAAAAUUAACCACUCGCGAAAUUAUCCGUCAAGUCUGAAUUCGCGACAAUAUCUGUACGUGAAAAAUAUGGCGUAUACAGUAGUCAUUGCGUGGAACGAUUGGUACAAUUCGGUGACAUUUCUAAUGGCUGAUGCCUGAAAGUGAAACAGCAUUGUUACUGCAAGUUAAACGGGUUUGCUACUAGAAGGUAUACACUGAAAAGUUUAUUUGCAUAUUAAUACACACUCUAACAUUAGGCCUACUACUGUCAGUUAUGUAGAAAACUUGUAGAUAUUAAUAAAAAUCAGAAACUGUGAUUUCUUUUAUUUCAAGUUUCUGCUUCACAUAUAUCUUCAUCUGCAGACUACUUUUAUGCAAAUAUUGAGGUGAGAAAUGUAUUGGUCGAUCUGUUACACUUCAUAAAACGUAUGCAUUUUGUUUUUUAUAGAAGCAUUUCAAAAAGCCCAAUGGUUAUAAUAUUGUGACAUUGAAAAACCAAUGAUCUGAUACCCAAUUGUUUUAAACCAAAAGUUUACAGAAGUGUAUUGUUACUGCUAUAAUGGACACCGAAUAAGUACUUAGAAUUAACAUCAGUAUAACCUUAGAUCAUUUUGUGUAAGCUGUGAUAAAUGUAAUUGUACUCAUUUGAUUAAAGUAUAUUUUCUUGCACA